ACGGGGUGGGGGGGGGGGCAGAGGAUCUUUGAACUGGCCUCUGGAGAGCUCAGGGAUCAAAGCGGAUCGACUCGGCUUGGAGAGGAGCCAAAGGAAGUCACAAGAAGGUGACUCCUCAAGAUGGUAGACUACCUGGCUAACACCGAGAUCAACAGUCAACGGAUUGCCGCGGUGGAAAACUGCUUUGGGACAUCUGGCCAGCCCUUAGCUGUGCCGGGAAGGGUCCUUUUGGGUGAAGGGAUUUUGACCAAGGAAUGCCGUAAGAAAGCCAAGCCCCGAAUUUUCUUCCUUUUCAAUGAUAUCCUGGUGUACGGCAGCAUUGUCAUCAACAAACGGAAGUACAGCUGCCAACACAUCAUCCCGCUGGAUGAAGUCACGCUGGAGAUUCUGCCGGACACCUUGCAAAUGAAGAACCGAUGGAUGAUCAAGACCUCCAAGAAGUCCUUUGUGGUUUCAGCAGCCUCGCUGACGGAGCGCAAAGAGUGGGUCAGUCACCUGGAAGAAUGCAUCCGCCAUCUUUUGUCCAAAACGGGACAGCAGCCCCCAACCGAAUAUGCAGCCCCUUGGAUUCCGGAUAAGGCAACUGAUAUCUGCAUGCGUUGCACCCAUACCAAGUUCUCGGCACUCAUCCGAAGACACCACUGUCGAAAGUGUGGCUUUGUGGUGUGUGGAGACUGUUCCCGCCAGCGUUUUCUCAUGCCUCGUCUGUCCUCCAAGCCAUUGAGGGUUUGCAAUUUUUGCUACAAGCAGCUGAUGGCCAAAAAGAAGGAAUCUGGAGACGAGGCAAAGCCAGUUCAUUCUUCUCUGCCUGGCUAUGAAGUUUCUAGUGGAGAUGACAGCGACAGGUCCGAUGAAGAGAAACUCGAACAGUGGCCUGCCGAGACAGAAUUUUACACCUCGGAUGUGAGCUGGUCAUCUUUCCACAGUUGAUUGCUCCAUGGACUUCUUCUCUUUAAAGGCUGUCGUCGUUUGGAAAAUGACAGAGAAGACUGGGUCUUUAAGGGACUGGUGAGAGGACUAACUUUAUAUUCCAUCAGUUUUUUGUUUUAUGAAUAACGGAGAAGAACUAUCCUCAAGCCAAUGCAUCAACUUUUAAUUGGGUCCUCCAAGACCCAGUCAUUCUUCUUGAAGCUCCAAAUCGGAUUAAAAUAUAUUGGUGUGUUUUCAGAAAAUGAUGGUUCUUUGUGUUUAAUUUUGAAGAUAGUCAGCACUCAUCAAAUGUUGGAUUUCCAUCUUGAGAAUUCAACAAAAUAUCCCCAAGUUGGGUCUAUUGAAGAAACCCAGUUUUUAUAAAACUAAAACCUAAAACACGAGUUCUGGAAAUCCAGAAAUCAAAACGAUAAUUUCCAGAAGGUCACCCAGCCUUGAAAAUGGAGGGCACUUCUUAUGAAGCACUAAAUGGAAGUUAUUUGAUGAAAUUUACAAUAGUAUUACAUUUCAAAAGCUGAGCUGUGUAUUUAAUUUUUUUAGUUCAACUUGAGAACAAGAAGAAUUAAAAACUGACAUUGCUUUGACUGCUUUUAAGUUAAUUUUAAAAAAGUUUGGGGAACUGGCUGUAGAUAUUUGGGGUCCUUUUCUAGUUUGAUGUUCAUACAAUCUAUGACACUGUGAUUUAUUUAAUGCAUUUUUCGCUUGAAGUGUUAUUAAACUCAACCAGUAAACCAAAGCUUAAUGCAAUUUAGGAAUACAACUAGUGACUUGUUUGUGAUAAGCAGGGAAUUUUGAUAACUAGUGAUCCUUUAUCACACAAAGCAGAUGUGUCUUAGAACACUAAAAUAGAAGUCGGAUAAACAGAAAAGUGAUUUGUAGGCAGUAUUGAAUUAUAUUUAUGGGAAAGAGCCAAUUAUUUUUAAUAAGAUCAACAUAAAUUAUGUCUUUAACAUGUGCUACUUCCUGAUAGAAUAGUACCAUUAUAACUUAAUAGAGUUGUCUUUUUUUAAAAAAAAAAUAUAUAUAUACAUGCUGCAGAUAUGGACUUCAGUAUUAAGAGAUUAUUAUUGUAUGAGUUUGCUUGUAAUUUUGCUGAUCAGCUGAAAGCACUUUUGUCUUUCCAAAUGGCAUACAAAUAUCAGAUAGGCAAAAUGAAACAAAAAAUAGCUUUGACCACCUAAAGCAGGAAUGGGGAACUAUGGCAUCUUUAUGACCAGUGGAGUUCAACUCCCAGAAUUCCUGAGCCAUCCAUGUUCAGGAAUCAAUCAAAUAAAUAAAUAAAUGCACAGACAGAUAGACAGACAAAACUCUGGAGUUGAAGUCCACAGAUCCUAAAGGUGGGCAACAAGAACUUCUGCAGCAUAAGAACUUUACUAGCCAAGAAUUAAAUCCCCAGAUCACCUCCAGCAUGUUGACAGAAUGGAAAUAAUUUUCUCGUAGCGGAUCCUUGCAUGCUCCAAUUCCCUAAAGCAGCCUUUCCAUCGAGAUACCCUUCAAAUAUCUUGGUCUUCCAUCCCCUAAUUGUCACCCUACUUUACCAACAGGCUGCUUGAACUGUUGGGAGGUGUUUCCAAUCAUAAGCCAAGAAUCCUGAAGAUAAAUUAAAAACAGGCCAUCCGUCUUUUUUCUGAUGUCGAAAUAUGUUUUUUUCCCCAAUUAAGUCCAUAAAAAAAAAAACAAUAAAAUUUGAAUGUGGAACAGAACAUCCUGUUCCAAUUGCAACAGAAUUAAAUGAAUUCAACAAUG